AUGUCUUAUACCGAAUUAUGCAUGCUGGCGUCUGUGCCGCAUUCUGGAGAACUCCCUUUGAUCGGCUCCGUUGCCAGAAAUUUCACAGAUGCCAAAGAUCGGGGCGCCCUCCAUAUAAUCGGUUCAACUCCCGAAGCCAAGUCGCUACGUGCUAUGUUUGGCGAAGCAACGUAUCAAAGCUACGUCGAAAAACAACUGGAAAUUCUGGAAGCAGAGCAAGAAAAAGAAAAGCCAAGCAACCGUCUUGGUAGCCACGAGUCUGGCGUUAGCCGCCGACGGGAGAAAAUUGCUGCAUGGAUUGCAAACCUGCGCCGAGCCGUCAAGGAUUGUUAUAAGUAA